GCCCCAAGGGUCAACACUCCUUCCACGAGCACUAUUCUAUCAUGGAAAGGUAAUCCCACCAACUUAACAUGCUCAGCAAUGGGGGAUCCUGCGGCUAACUUUUCAUGGACAAGAGCUGACGAGAAGCUGCCGGCUGAACAGUCUGAAACUUCUACCAACACAAGUGUUUUGACGAUUAUUCCGUCAGCAGAUUCUGAUUUUUCAAACUACACUUGUACAGCUUAUAACGGCAUUGGUAAAGACAGCAAAGUAUUUAUACUUAAACCGAUAAGUAAGUAUGGUUAAUAAUUGCAAUUAAACUUGGCUAGAAUCAUAUUGUCAGAAUAACGCUGUUGCUUCAAAAAUCCUACUUUUGCAUAAUAAAAUAUAUAGUUUUAUUUUUUGUGUGUAUUUUUCUCAUCCGUCAUCCUAAUCUAAGUAGCCUUGCCUGACCCUCAUUUCUUUUAAAAUGGCUAUAAGCAAAAAGGGAAUUUUUGAGUUAAGGAAAACUCAUUAGAUAUGACUAAGUAUAAAGAGUGAUAAAAAUGCCCCCGAUUAGUUCAAUAGUUAAGUCUGCUUAUUUGGCUCUGACUAUACUUAUUCAUGGUGGAGUAACUGCUACCGUAUUAGGCCCCUCUCUCUAAUAUAGUAAGCCCCCCUCUCGUUUAACCUCCUCAUCCCCUCCCUCUUAUUAUUAUUCACUGUAAAUGAUAGGACUGUGUAAAUCAAUUACGACUGUCAGGGGUCUAUUGCGACUGUAAAACUUUGUGUGGACUGAUCAGGGAUGGUUUAUUUACCAGCAGAAAGUUCUGAUUUGUUUUGCAUCCUCGGCUGUAUGACCUCCAACGGCUUUUACUUGAGCUUUCCCACUUUGCAUUCUGGUUCUUUAUGGAGAACUGAUAUCAUCUUUUUUGCUAAAUUAAAUAAGCCCCCUCCCGUAAAAUGAGCCCACCGUCUCUAUUAAGCCCCCUGGGCCUUAAUAGAGGAUUUACGGUAUCUCAAAGGUCGCCUUGUGUUGUUUCUGUUAUAGGCCCGCCAAGUCCACCAAUAAUCACCCAUAUCGAUAUAACUCACAACGCCAUCAAAGUGGAAUGGAAUAUUCCAACCACUAAGCAGACUACGCCAAUUACAGGAUAUGUGUUAAGAAUAAAGAAGCAAGGAGACUUCACAUCCAUCGAAGUUACUUUUCAGGCAAAGAGCAAUUACUAUAUUUUAGGAAAUUUGUCUCGAGGAAGUAAUUAUACAGUUUGGUUGUAUGCAACUAACGUGGCCGGUAGAAGCAAUGCUUCAGAGGGAAUGCAAGUAGAAACGCUAAUAAAUGGUGAGUAACUUCCAACACGCAGGGAACACUUUUGUCAUGGUUACUGCAUGAAAUCAAAAUUGACCAAUCAAGCAGAGGAUUUUUCCCCUUCUCCGUCUACACUCAUAGGUUAUACGGAUUUGUUUGUUUGCUUUUUGGCAAGUCAAAAAAUUCUUUUAGCCAGACGCUAAUGCAACUAUCAAUGAAAACUGGUCGUGACUAGAUGUACAAAUUUAGACACGAGCAAUAAACCCAGGGGGGAGUGGGUGCGAGUAAUGUAUUAUUGGAUAAACAACGCGAGACCCACAUAGUCGAAAAAAAGGUUCCCUGAAAUGUUUAUCGGGCCUAUAAUAUAAGAAAUACAGCCAUUCAAAAACUCCAAAAUUUAGUAAGAAUACAUACAUGUCCUGACUUUGUGUCCGGGAAACCAUACAUCUCUUAGUAAAUUUUCAAGUACAUAAUUAGCUGUAAUUUCUUCCCUAUUAGCCUCAUUAACACCAGAGUUGAGAUUCUUGCAAAGAACUGUGUAUGAAGUCGUACCCAGUGCUCCUCGGUUUAAAGUUAGGCAAUGGAUUGUGCAGAAUGCUACGUUAUGCGUCCGAGGCUUUAAUGCAUUCAAAGAGAAUUGCGGCUGGGGACUAGGGGAUAAAGGAAGUGCGAGUCUGAAUCCUGCUAUGGGCGUGACUUUCUGUGCGUUUACAGCUUUAUUUCUUAUUAGGUUUUGCAAUAGCUAGGAUAUGACUUUUGUAGAGACGACAGUUUUGAAAAAAGGAGAUAAAUCACGAGAGAAAGCGGUGGCAAUACAGCAGCCGGCUCCUAUUUCCUUGAAUAUGACUUCAAUGUUCUCCUUAGGUGAGAACUUUUCGUUGCAAUUGAAAUUAGAGCUCUUUUAAAAAAGAACUAUACGUUUCAAGGAAAACUAUGUCUUGAAGGCGUCGCAAAGUCAUUGAAACUCUUGAACAAUAUACUGAAAUACUUCUUAAAACUUUUCGGUAACAAUUGUGGGGAAAACCUAAGUAUGAACUUAUUGCAAUUCUUAUUGCCAGGUUGUUUACAGAUCAACAAAUAAAGGAAUAUUGUCCAUAAAAAAAAAAAACUUUCCGCAUUUUUUUAAACACAGAAACCAUCUCUUGAGUUGAAAAAUUACAGUGAUAUAUAUUAAACACACAUCACUGCCCUCGAGUUCGUUUCAUUUAUUUGAUCGUGUAUUACAGGAGAGUAUGAGAGAGGUAUGUUAAAUUCAUUUGGGGUCUUCAGUGAAAAUGAGAGUUGGGAAUCCUAUUGAAUUUCAAUUUUGCAGGGUGUCCAGGUCCACCAAAGCUGCAUUUUUCCAAAGUGAACAUAAACUGCACGACUUUUCUGGCCACAUGGAGAUCUCCAGGUGAUAACGGAGGAGUGGAAGUUAAAGUCAACCGAUUUACUUUGUGGUAUCGCUUAGUGGUUACUAACAAUACUAAAGGAAAAUGGCUGAAAUUUAAUACUACAAAGACGAACUACUACGUAACGCUAGAAUGUUGCUCAACUUAUGAGAUCAUGGUAACAGCCUGGAAAAGAAAUUGUCCAAGUAUGGCUGAUCCAGACAAGGCCGCAAAAGUUACGGUGCUAAAAGGUAUC